GCAGUUGAGCCUUUCCAAGCCAACCCCCAACGAGCCGCACCGCUCAAUUCUCGUCAUACCUUUUUUUUUUCUUUCUUUUUCGGUUCGGCCUCAUCCAAAUCAAUACAUCGCAACCACUUCAGCUACCGUACAUUGAACGCGCUACAAACCCAACCCUCCCCAACCAAAGAUCUCUCCCACCAAAAAAAAACCAUGACAGACACAAAUAGCACCGCCGCCGCUCCGGUCCUCCAAUUCUCGGCAACCUACCAAUCCCCCGCAAACGAACCCUUCACCUUCUCCGAAUCCCUCCCUGCCCCGCCAUCCUCCGGCCCCGGCGACAAGUCCGCCUACCUCAACGCCCUGCGCAAGUCCAUCAACGCCGCCCAAGAGCACAUCAACAAGGAACUCACCGCCCGCAUGGAAGAGGACAAGGCCAAGGAGGCCGCAAUCGCCAAGAACGGCGCCGCACAGAAAUCUGCCGUCGACGAGGCACUCGAGGAGGAGAAUUACGGCGAGGAGGCACCCCCCUCGGACGACUGAAGCGACACAUCAAGGCGGGGGAUUAAGCCAAAAAAAAAUAGCAGGCACCUCGUUUUUGUUUCUUUCACGGCGCCAAUCGUACAUUCUUUGCCACCUAUAUACGGGGUAUUGCUGUAUCAUGCUGC